AUGAGGAUUGACGUCAAACGUCCGGCGUCAUCACAUUCUGAACGAUCACGUCGUUAUCAUAAUUUAAUUUAUAUUCCAUUUGAAUCAGGAUAUGAUUCAUCAUCAGGUAUAUCACCAUCAUCAUCAACAACUCUUUCUCCUGUUGAAUAUAUUAUAUAUCCUAUUGGUUUACGUAAGGAUCAAGUACGAAGAUUAGAAGAUGAUUAUCAAAGAUUUGUUCAUAUCUAUCAAGGAAUAAUAAUACGUUUGGAUAAAUUAGAAUCCUUAUUAUUAGAUGCUGAACGUGUGACUGAUUUAACAAGAAUAUCACAAGUACAAGAAGAAUUACGUAGUGUAAGAACUCAACUUGAUGAAAUACUUAAUCUUGGCCAAGAACUUGUAUCGAAGAGUGAAAAAUAUAGCAAACUUGUUGGUCCUGAUAUUGAAACUAUCACAAGAAAAUUUGAAGAAUUACAACAUCGUAUACAUAUCAUACAGGAAACACAGGAAAAACGUACACAUCAACAACAACAAACAUCAACAACAUCUAAUGCUACUACUACUGCUACAACAACAGCAGCAGCAGCAACAAAUAAUAUUCCAAAUGAUCAAGCUGAUAAUACUCGUCGUGAAUAUUAUUCGGAAAAACGAUACAAUCGUACAGAACGUCAAACACAUCAUCGAUCACCAUCCGAAUCAUCCGAUGUAAGCACAGCACAUGGUGUUAUUGAUGAAGAAUUUAAGAAAAAAUAUUUACGUUGUUUGGCUUAUAUGAAAUUAAUUGAACGUUUAUAUGACAAUCAGCCAGAAAGUGAUGAAGAUUCUGAUAUGAAACAUCAGAGAUUAUCCAGACGAGAACGAACGAUUCGUGAUCGACCUGAAUAUGAAGAAAUUGAAAGAAUUAUACGAGAAACAGAAGAACGAGCUUAUAUUAUUGAAAAAACUGAUGUUGAACAAGCACGUCGUAUAAGAGAAAAAAUUCUACGACUUAGAGAUUGUUUGGAAAGUCUAAAAACUCGUUCUGAACAAUAUCAAAAUAAUGAUGAAAUAAUUCGAUUUAAUGAACGUUAUGAAGAACAUAUUCGUACAGCCGAUAGAACAGUAGCAAAAGAACGGGACUUCGAUUCUGAUUUUAUUUUUGAUAUGGAUGAUACGCGUUCAGUGAUAAGUGAACCAGCACCACAUCUCAAUACAAAAUAUCGUAAAACCGUACAUUCACUUGAACGUUAUAGAAAUGAAGAUCAAAGUCGUUAUAUUCCAACACAUGAAGAAUAUCAAUUACAACCAUUAUUACGUGUACGUAGUUUAAAAGCUAUUGAUCACCGUACAUUAAGUGCACCAUCAUCGCCAAUAUUACAACCACGUUAUCGUUCAUAUGAACGUUCAAAUGUUCAAUAUACAAAACAAUCUGCAAAUCAACAAGGCCAUCAAGAUAAUUAUCAAAGUUCAAUAUCAAAAUCAGCUAGUAUGCCAAAUGGCGGUUUUCCACUACAACAAAAUUUCUUGCCUCCACCACCACCACCUAAUUUUUAUCAUCAUCAACCUAUUACAUAUCGUGAACGUAUUAUUGAUAAACAUGUUGCUGAAAAAAGUACAUCACGUGGUGAAUCUCAUCGACAACAACAUCAAGAAUCAGGUGGUCAUGUUCAACAACAACAACAACAAACACGUUCAGCUAGUGCUAAUGCAAAUGCAAGUUCAAGUGGACAAACUCAAACAUUGAAUCGAUCGAUACCUGUUCGUUAUGAAACAUCUAAUGGAAAUACAACUCUUGCUUCAACGGGCAGUUUUAGACAAACGAAUGGUCAUACACAAGAAGAAUAUCCAUCUUAUUUUCAUAGUGAACAACAUGCAGGAGGAGGAGGAGGAGGAGGAAGUAGUGGUGGCGGUGGUUCACAUCGUCAACAAUUCUAUGAACAACAACAAACAUAUUCACCACAAAAUGUUGGUCGACAUCCAACACGUAUUGCCAAUUAA